UGAACUGUCUCUUUAAACGUUUCAGCUAAAGGGGAAGUUAAACUCUUGUCGCUUUUUUGACAACACCGAAUGCCAUUUCCAGCUUGUGUCUGUUGUUAUAUCGAUAAAUAAAUGUGCAGCGAUGACUCAAUAAACCGCUGAUCGAUCAAUUUAAUGCGGUGAAAUGUUAGGGCUGUAUAUCAAGCUAACGAUGCUAAGCUAACACCAGUUGAUCUGAUGUGUUCCUACGUUGGGUGAAUGUGUGACUCUUCACCUUUCCUGGGAUUAAACAUCUGCAAUUUCAGCUGAUACGGGAUUUGUUUUUAUACUCCAUACUUGCAUUUCAAAAUUUAAGGAUGGAGACGUUUGAAAGCGAAAGAGCUCCACUGCCCAGGAACAUGAUCGAGAACAGCAUGUUUGAGGAAGAGCCAGAUGUAGUGGAUUUGGCAAAAGAGUCCCCAUCCUAUCACAUCGACUCAGAUGAUGUAACCUAUGAACCCCGCAGUUCACGACUGUUGGUACGAGGGCUUGGAGAAAAUGACAUGGAUGAAGACGAGGAAGAUUAUGAAUCCUCUGCCCGUCUUCUUGGCAUGUCCUUUAUGAACCGCAGCUCCAGUCAGCGCAGUGCUGCUUCUUCCUACACCCGCCAGCAACCUUCCAACUCAUGUUCACCGCUCUCAACCAAGACUACAGCGGUAGGCGUUCUCAUCCUGGUGCUGGUGGUCUCCAUGUUCAUGGUCAUCUACUUUGUACCAAGCUGCACUUUCACCAAGAAGGGCUGUCAGAAGAGCAACUCAAGCAUGAGCAGCAUCUAUCCGAUUUCCACAAGCGGAGAACUUUUCCCAUGGACUGACCUGAGGUUACCAGUCAGCGUGCAUCCUGUGCAUUAUAAUAUUUCACUUCAUCCUGACCUAAACUCAAUGACUUUUCAAGGCAAUGUGUCCAUUGUAGUUCUAGUCAUGCACGAGACGAAGAAUAUUAUUCUACACAGUUCGGAUAUGAACAUAAUCAAGGUCACUUUUGACGAUAAAGAGUACCGCUUCCUGGAGUACAAACCAUGGCAGCAGAUCGCCAUCAAGUUUCCAGAAGAUCUUAAGAAGGGGCAAUAUGUCUUGAAAUUUUCCUACAAAGCAAACCUCUCCAACAGCUAUGAUGGCUUUUACAACAGCUCCUAUGUCGACACAGCUGGUACAAAGAGAGUUUUGGCCGCUACUCAAUUUGAGCCUCUGGCAGCCCGCAAAGCUUUCCCUUGUUUCGAUGAGCCAGCCUUUAAAUCAACUUUUGUAGUUAAAAUGACCAGAGAAGCCAAAUAUAUCAGCCUUUCAAACAUGCCCAAGAUCAAAACCACAGAUUUGAAUGAAAAUGGCCUUCAGGAAGAUGAGUUUGAGAGUAGUGUAAAAAUGAGCACUUACCUGGUUGCGUUUAUCGUAGCUGAAUUCAGCAGUCACAGUAAAAACGUCUCUAAAACUACGGUGUCGGUGUAUGCUGUUCCAGACAAAAAGGACCAAGUGCAUUAUGCUUUGGAGACAGCUUGUAAACUGUUGAAGUUCUACAAUACGUUCUUUGAGAUAGAAUACCCUUUAAGCAAACUAGAUUUAGUGGCCAUUCCUGACUUCCUCGCUGGAGCCAUGGAAAACUGGGGGCUAAUCACAUUCCGCGAGACAACUUUGCUAGUAGGCAACCAAUCCUCUCGCUUUGACAAGCAACUAGUGACCUCAGUCAUUGCUCAUGAACUUGCCCACCAGUGGUUUGGAAAUCUGGUUACUAUGAGAUGGUGGAAUGAUCUUUGGCUGAAUGAAGGAUUUGCAACCUACAUGCAGUACAUGUCCAUUGAAAAUGUCUUCCCAGAUCUUGACAUUGACAUUGAAUUCUUAAAUGUGCGUUUUAAAGCUCUGGCCAAAGAUGCGCUGAACUCGUCCCAUCCAGUGUCUACUUUUGUGAGCACACCAGAGCAGGUGGAAGAGAUGUUUGACUCUGUUUCUUAUGAGAAGGGAGCCUCAAUACUGCUGAUGCUCAACGCAACCCUCAGAGAUGGCGAGUUUCAUAAAGGAGUGAUUGAGUACUUACAAAACUAUAAUCUGUCAAACACAGAAAGCAAAGACUUAUGGAACAGUCUCUCCCAGGUGAGCAAACAAAGUUUAAAUGUCUCUGAGAUGAUGAACACCUGGACUGUUCAUAAGGGCUUUCCUCUGGUCACAGUCAAGAGAAACGGCCCUCAAGUGACAUUGUCGCAAGAACACUUCCUUUUGAAUGCCGAAAACGGCACAGACGACAGCAGCUUGUGGCAUAUUCCACUGACGUAUGUGAAUGACAGCUGUAGUGUGCUCCGUUCCUGCAAGCAAGUCUUUCAUCUCAAGGACAAAGAAGCCACGUUACAGCUUCCAGGUCAGGUGAAAUGGUUGAAGUUUAACUUUAGGAGUGAUGGCUUCUACAUAGUGCAUUAUGAUGAGCAGGGAUGGAGCGACUUGAUUAGUGCUUUGAAGGUGGACGUGAAUGUCCUCCCCUCUGAAGACAAGGCAGCUCUCAUCAAUAACAUCUUCGCUCUCUCCAGAUUGGGCAAAGUGUCCUUCAGGCAGGUCUUAAACCUCAUGGACUACAUCAGAAAUGAGACCGAGACUGCCCCUCUGACUGAAGCUCUCUCUCAGCUUGGUCAGAUCUACCGGUUGCUGGACAAAAGAUCAGAUCUGAAUUUGGCUUCUAGUAUGACAACUUACAUCGAGAGCCAUUUUGGGAGUUUGAUGGAGAGUCAGUCGUGGGAAGUGGAAACUUCUGUGUCCAAGAUGACGCUUCGCUCUGCCUUGCUGGAGACGGCAUGUGCUCUCAAUAGACCAAACUGCACAACACAGGCCAGACGUCUGUUUGAUCAGUGGCUGGCUUCAAACAAGACUUUGCAGAUUCCCAGCGAUCUGAUGAGAACAGUCUUCAAAGUUGCUGCCAAAACAGAUGAAGGAUGGAGUAAGCUUCUAGGCUCUUAUAAACACUCCAUCUAUGACACAGAGAAGCGCAAGAUGUUGGAAGCUUUGGCAAGCACUCAGGAUGUACGGAAAAUCAUUUGGGUCCUGCAGAAAAGUCUUGAUGGGAGUGAGAUUCAAAAUCAAGAAUUUCCUUUGGUGAUCCACACAGUUUGCAGGGACUUUGCUGGCUACCUCUAUGCUUGGGAUUUUAUGAAGGAGAACUGGGAAAAAAUCACCCAGAAGUUUCCUAUUGGAUCCUUUGCCAUUCAGAGCAUCAUCACAUCUACAACAAGUCAGUUUUCUACGAAAACACAUCUCGCAGAGGUCCAGAACUUCUUCAGCUCCUUAGGAGCAAAGGGCUCUCAGAUGAGGAUUGUGCAGGAAGCCAUUGAGACCAUCAAGCAUAACAUGCGUUGGAUGGAGAAGAACUUGAACACGCUCCAGAGCUGGUUGUAGUGCGAGUGAGAGGUCCCAUGCCUCUUACUCCCUCAGGUGAAAAGAUUUAUGGGUCAACAACCAGAGCUAGAAAUGUACAAACGUUAGGUUUAGCUUGAGACAGACGGGCAGGGUUACUUGGAUGUAAAGGGCCAUUAAAAAAAAAAACAUUUAUUUUCAGGGCAACUCUUAGGGAAUUAUCCUGAGCUGUGAACUAGCCAGAAGCUUGCCAAUUAUCUGCCUGAUAGCAUUUAGCCUAACUUCUGUAAAUGAACAAGUUUGGAUAUUAUUUGCAAUGUGUUUUCUUUUUUUUUCUUUAAGUUCUGAGAUAAAUGAAUCCAUUAAGUCAGCAUAAUAUGAUUUCCUGUAUGAUAACCUUAGCGCUUGUUGAUGCGUUGUCUUUGCGGUUCACUUGAGGCAGUCCGGCUCAGUUAUGAGUUUGGCUCAGGCCUCAAGCACUAUUUGCACUAUUCUAAGGUUCAGCUUGCUCAGGGCACAUCUGCUUGUUGUUGAAAUUACAUGUUGAAUUUAAACUCUUGAUGUUAGUGGCUAAAAAACCAAAACCUCCCAUCAGCAUCAGCAUGUUGGACAGUUUCGCCAAAAUGAAGAACUGCUGUUUUCUUCAGUACAACAUUAAAUGCAUUUUAGAUUAAACUUUAAUGAUAAUUCAUAAAAUGAAAGUCAGCAGCUUCCGGCACUUAAGUGUAAGAAAAAAUAAUAUUAUAUGUCUCUCCACAAUUAUGCCUCUUGUACACUGUCGAGUUGUCAUUUGGGAGAUACCUGUGUCAGGAUUUGUCCAGAGUCAAGAUGUUAUAUUGAGGUCCUGUUAAUUGAACAUGUGGGUUAAAGGUAAUAUUAUUGUAAAUAAUCUUCACUUUCUUGCAAGGACAGGACAGAUCCUUUCAAUUCGUAAGACCUCAAUGCUUUGUCAGGAGUCAUGGGUAUUCAUUUUGUUUUGAUGGAAUGCGUUUUUUCUUUUCUUUUUUUUUUUUGACUUGUGUUUUGAAUCACUAGUCAGCUGAAAAACCUUUUAAAAAAGUAAUUUACUCUUGAAAGGCUUAAAGGGUGACAUUUUCUUUUUAUUUGGUGAACUAUCCUUUUAAAUAUCCCUAUAACAUGCAUUGGCUAUAUUCAGUUGCUGAAAGCUGAAGUCAUGUCACAAGAAAAGUGUCACCACAAGUAUGUGGAGGUGAAUUUAAUCAUGUUAAGGCUCUGUAAUGCUUGUAUGCAGGACUGUGUACAUGUUCUUGCCUUACAAAUCUUCAAUACUUUGGUCUUUUGCACAAGAUUUGUUUUUAAAUUUAGUGUGUAUAUUAUCUAUUGUUUUUGCUGGUUUGCAAAUUGGUAAAAAAAAAAAAAAAAAAAAAAGCCUUCUAAUAUGUGGAUUUUAUUUUGUGUUUUGCUAUGCACAUGCUGAUGGACCUUCACUAUUUAAUAUUUUGUUGUUUUAUAUAUAUAUAUAUAUAUAUAUAAACAAGCAAAAUGGCAAAGAUAUAGUAAGAUAAAGUUUAAAGUCUAUUGUUUUAUUGUUUGUGCAUAAUUGACACGUAUAAAUAUGUUUGAGAUCUUUAGUUAAUGGUAGUCUAAUAUUGUUACAUUGUAGAACAUGUGUACAAGAUAGAAAGGGUCUCUAGAGUCACAUCACUGAUGGAGAGUUGUUACUUGUUUUUGUUUUGUUCAUCAUUUGUUAUCGCUGGUUGCUACUGAUAAUGACACAAGGAUUGCAGUGUAUGAUUUUUAAAUUUCUUUUACAAUUUCACUUUUUUUUUGCUAUCCAGGAAUUGUUUUUAAAGAUUGCUUUUAGUUUGUCCAAAAAUAGGGUCAAAACAAUAUCAUCAUGCAUGUGUAAAGAUGCAUUUUUAUUCACCUUGUUGUAAAGUCAAAAUACAGUCCACAAAUACGCACAAGAUGCUUUGCUUUAAUCUAUGAAAAUGGAGUAUUUAUCCUAAAGCGACACUGAGUGUGAAUAUUUGUGCAUUUUUAUGCAUCCAUUUUUGAUAUUAUUUUAGUUUGGUUAAAAAGAUGUUUAAAUCUGUAAAGUGUGAGAAUCUGUUUUUAUUUGAAAAAUUAAUACACUUCCGGUGUUUUUGUUUUGUUUUUUAUAGCUCAGCAGGUCAACCUCAUAAAACACCAGAUAUGAUUGGUACAUUGUAAUACAGCUGGUACAUUGUAAAUAUUUUGUAUGUAACAGUUGUUGUUUUGCUCAUAAGCUUUAUUCAUGCAUAUAUGAUAGAAUUGAAUGACAAGCAUUUAAAGGAAGGACAACGGCAGCAUUGUUACACUGUAAUGGACACUUUUGUCAGGUUUGAGCGUUACAGUCAUCAAUGAAUGUAUUUGUGUUUUUUUUUUUUUCUAUAGAUCUGUUUAAACACAAGCGUUAGGAUUGUAAUUCCCUUGUAUCUGUAUUCAACUGACUAAUUAAAGAACAAAGUGUUAAAAAUAAAUGUCGAAUUAUUUCCUGUUAUUAUUCAGAUGUCCUCCUAUAAACCUGUGGAUGUAUGUGUCCCUCAUGAGGCAUUGUUUGUGUUACUGGCUGCCGUUCAAAAAAAUAAGUACUUCUUUAUUGUUAUUUAUUUUUUUUUUCUGAAAUGUUUUCUUUCGCCUCUAAUAGACUGAUUUAUAAAAAAUGCUGGUUAUUUCUGGCAAAACUCUUGUUGUUUGUUUUCUUUUUAACCCUGACAGCUAGUUUAACAGGAAAAAUAUUGCUUGCUUAUAAAAUGUUACUUUAAAAGUUUUUUAUGCCUGUGGAAAAUUUGGAAGUGUUUAUUUGAACAGAUUGUGUGUGGAAGUGUCUUGAUUAUUUUAUGUUGUUAAUCAGCUUUGCAUUGGGUUUGGAUCCUGAGUUUUUAAGAUGUUGCUCAACACUGACUCUUUAUAAGACAAUAACAAAAAGAAAUUAUAAUAAAACAUUUUGUGCACAAAUUU